AUGAGCAGUGGUCAAAGUGAUUAUAUUCAGAAAGGUAUUCAAAAUGCCGAGCAAGCAACAGCAGAAGAUAAAGCACACAAUUAUGAAGCUGCUGUACAACAUUAUAUGACAGCAGCUCAUUGGCUCAUGCAAGCAAUAAAAUACGGAGGAAUGAAUGCACAAUUAAAACAAACAAUAAGACCUAAAAUAGCGAGUUAUAUAAAACGAGCAGAAGAAAUUGAUUUGAUUCUGAAGAAAAAGCAAGUUGCUGAUGGAUGCAAUGAUCAUGGAAAUGCAAGGAAUAAUAAAAACAAUAGUGAUAGUAGUGAUUCAGAUUAUAAACAACUUAAACAAAAAUUUGAAGGCGCUAUCGUUGCAGAUCCAAAAGUAACAUUUAACGAUGUCAUUGGUUUGGAACAAGCAAAAGAGGCAUUAAAAGAAGCCGUUAUUUGGCCUGUUAAAUUGAAAAAGUUUUUCAGAGGUAAACGUAAACCAUGGACUGGUAUUUUACUUUAUGGACCACCCGGUACGGGUAAAUCCUAUUUGGCUAAAGCCAUUGCUACAGAAUGCAAAAGUACAUUUAUAUCUGUGACCUCAUCAGAUCUGCUUUCAAAAUGGCUCGGUGAAAGUGAAAAAGGUGUGAAAUGUUUAUUUGAACUGGCUCGUGAACGACAACCAUGCAUUGUAUUCAUUGAUGAAAUUGAUGCACUUUGUAGUCAACGUAAUGAUACAGAAUCGGAAUCUUCAAGACGUGUGAAAACUGAAUUUCUUGUUCAAACAGAAGGGGUUGGAGCAGACAAUUCAGGUGUUCUUCUUCUUGCGGCAACUAACAUUCCUUGGGCAUUGGAUAUAGCCAUGCGACGACGCUUUGAAAAGCGCAUUUAUAUUCCAUUACCUGAUGUGAAAGAGCGCGCGGCCAUGUUCAAAUAUCACUUAGGUACAGACAUACCAUAUGAAAUCCAAGAUCACGAAUGGAUGGAAUUAGGUCAAAAAGCUAAUCAUUACUCUGGUGCUGAUAUUGCUGUCGUUUGUCGAGAAGCUUUACUCAGACCUCUCCGACGACUUUGUUUAUCAACUCAUUUCAAACGAGUGAAAAAUCCCAAUUCUGAUGGACCUUCUGAACUGUGGCUUCUUUGUUCACCUGACGAUCCUGAUGCGAAAGAAAUUUCAUUUGAUGAACUUGAUUGUGAUGACUUAUUUGAGCCUCCGGUGAUCAUGUCUGAUAUGUUAGCUGCCUUGGCCAGACAGAAACCAACAGUAGGCGAGAACGAUUUAAUUGAGUACGAAAAGUUCACUGAAGUAUCUGGCCAGGAAGGUUACUAA